AUGAGCGACUCCAAACCAGAAAAGCCAAUAACCAUGCAUCCUCAUCCGCUGCCCCCUGUUCCGGAGGGCAUGUCGAAGUCGCAAUGGAAGAAAGUAUGGAAGAAGAAGCGGUUUGAAGAGACUAAAGACGAGUUUGCCAAGAUCCGUAGGGAGAAGAGGCAGAAGGCCAAAGAGACCAGGAGGGCCAAGAUCCAGGAAUACUUGGACCGCGGCGAAGAGGUGCCUGAGGACCUGCGCCGCAAGCCAAGAAAGAACCAGGACCAGAAAGACUCGGGAAUCAACAUCAUCUUGGACUGCGCAUUUGACGACCUCAUGAACGACAAAGAGGUUGUGAGUUUGAGCACGCAGAUCACACGAGCCUACAGCCACAACAAGCGCGAAAACCACUUUGCCAAGGUCAAAGUGACAAGCUUCAACAAGCGCCUGCGGACCCGCUUCGAAGAGGGUCUCAAGGACGCACACCACGAUGAAUGGAAGAACUUUGAAUUCACUGAGGAUCCUACUCUGCCCACGGAAAACUCCGUAUACCUCACUGCCGAUACCGACGAAACCCUCGAGAAGCUGGAGCCGGGUACCAACUAUAUCGUGGGGGGCAUUGUCGACAAAAAUAGACACAAAUUGCUGUGCUACAACAAGGCCCGUGAGCUUGGCAUCCCAACCAAAAAACUACCUCUAGCCGAGUUCAUUAAGCUCACCGGCAGAGAAGUGCUAACCUGCACGCACGUGAUCCAUCUUAUGCUGAGAUACUUUGACAACCUCGACUGGAAGGAAGCCUUUGAAACCGUGUUGCCUCAGCGCAAGCUAGAAGAAGCUGAAGCCGCCGCCGAGGCGGCAGCAAAGGCUCAGUCGCCACAAGCCGAGUCAUCAGAGCCCUCUAGCGCUACAUCCGAAGAAGAGCCCCAAGACUAG